CCUUGUGCUGCGGCAAGGUCAGUACUAGCCUCACAUUUUUUUCUACCCAGCUUUUCGUUCUUCCAUGCAUACGUUUCUGCAAUUGCCUCUGCAUCGUCAUAUGCGAAACACAGUAUGACCUUGGGGGCUGGUGUGCAGGAGAAUUUCCUUUUUCGGCCGACUGGCUGCCAAUCACGUCACACUUUGCCUGUCACUGCCUACGUGCGAUAUGCCUUGCGUCAGCUGUAUGGCCGUGGGCCCUAAUUUCCCCUUCUUUUUUUUUCUGGUUCGUUUCGUCCCACCGUCAGGCUAUCUUCUCACCCCUCAUGCAUAUCCGAUAGCCAAAGUGAUCGGCAGAUAUAUAUACUCCAACAGGCCCGGGUUUAUAUAGGCCCUGAUCCUUAUCCCUUGCUCCCCCUCCCGAACCCUUUAAACCAGCUAUCACAUUCAGAGUUGUCAUUUUUAGUAUCUGCCUGCCCCUCCAUUCCCCGCUCCUCAAGAUGAACCAAGAAAGUGUGGCCAUUCACGCCAGAACCCAACCCACCAAUUUUCUGUCUAGAAAGAACUCCAUCUUCGAACGCUCCGUCCAGGACUUGAAUACGUGUAUGCAGCUAUGCUCCCCCGUUAACAGCAACGGGAUGAACUCCUCUCCUCCUGGCCGCUCGAGCUCAGUCACGGCCUUUGGCUUGUCUCUGCCGCUCUCCCCGCCAUACCAUAAGCUAAUCAGGUCCAGAACAUCCAACACAAUCACCUCUGUCUCACCUCCUGAGCAUAAUCUUGUGAGAAGAAACCUGAGCUUAUACAUCCCCUCACACCACAAUCUGGAGGACUUUGUGGCCCCCAACUUGGACUCUGCGGUCGAGUUCUGCUACUGUGGUGGGGACUCCCCUCCUGCCGACACUGAGCUGCAGUUGUCCCGAUUACUGUCUGCCAACACUGCGCCCCGCUCUAAGCAAGACGCCUCUCAAUCCCCGACCAAUAACGAAGAAUUUUUCCCGCCUGCUAAUAAUAACUACAGCUCUGUGAUGCGCAGCAGGUCGCGCAGCAUUGUGUGUAAUUCGCUCAUGAGAUGCAUGUCGAACACCAACGUCCCGCAGGCUUCCAAUGGUGGUGAUGAAAACAGUGCAACCUCGCCAAAGGCCCCCGAAAAGAGAUCUCUUACCCGAAACCCCUCGACGCAGAAUGCCGGCAGAAACGCGCAACCUAGCUCGGUUUUCCGGCUGUACAGCUGGAAUACCAAUGGGAGGGCUGUUGAAAGCGCUCCUUCGUCCCAGAACUCUUCGUUCGAAAGAGUGGACUGCAGCCCAGGUUCCGGUAUCCAUCUUGACUUCCACUCGUACGCUGAAAUUUUGGACGACGAGGCCCACCAAGAAUGAGCCCCCCCCCCCCAUAGAGUAUUUAUUGUGGUCCUUAAGGGACUCUAUAGCUACUAAGCUUUGAGAUGUAUUGCUAGUCAUGUUGUCGCUCCUUCAUUUGCGUAAUUUCUCCCGCUGUGAUUUUUGAGUAAGAAAUGUUUGUUAUAUUGUGUUUGUAGGCCCGGGGUGUUGUGGUUUUGGCUAAACUAUUAUGAAUGGAGUAUUGACCAAGCAAUAACAGAUAUGAGGGCAGCAAGCAGGUAAAUCCUUAAAAAGCUAUCCACCACCUUUUGAACGAGAAUCUGAGUAUCUUGUAGAUUCGGCUGAUAUUCUCCGAUCAUAUGGCAUCUCGGUAAUCUCCGUCUAGAAGGUUCUACGACAUACCAUGGCGAUACCGUCCCUGAACCUCAGUGUAUAAGGACCUCAAUUUUUCUGUUUAUAUCCUACCUAAGGAAGGGC